CUUCAAGUUCGAAGAGACGCCACAUCCCACGCCCAGCGGCACUUAGCUUCCUUUUGCUCCCUCAUCAUCUUUGAUAUCCUACGCUCGUUAAUUCCAGUGGUCACCUCUUCUUCACCCCUCUUCUUCUUCGCUGCUCUCCUCCCUCUUUUCAAUACUCUCUCGUCCGCCCGCCAUGUCAGCGUCCGUGUCUCCUGCGGACAACGUCACGCACGCCGGCUCCAAAGGCAAGCAACCAGUUGAUCCGCUUCGCGAGCCACGUCGCUCAAUACGCCGUCGCCCCUUUGAGUCCACUCUCGCCUCGCAUGACCCACACCUUCCCCACGAGAAGUGGUACAAGCGCGCAGAGGCACCUCGCAACCUAGCCUUUGCAGCUCCCUAUCCUUCUUCAGGGGUCGUCCUCACUCAGCCCUCAAGGUGGAGGGACUGGCUCAUCCCCGGCCCCAUUGCGUUGGGAAGGGGCCAGUUUUGGUACCUCCUCAUCGGUCAGUCCCUCAUCGCCGCCGUCAUCUCAGGCGCAAUCAACUUUGGCGUAGCGUGCGCGACGUACAAUCACUAUGAUCCUGCUGUCACGCCCAUCUAUUUCUGGAAGUGGUUCCCCGUACCCCUCGCGGGCGACAUGGGCGUCACCAUUAUCGUUCAGCAGAUCUUCUCCAUGAUCAUCACCUCGACUUUGGUCCAUAACGAUCUCUCCAAGGGGCCAGUAGCCCCGCUCAGGCGGCCCUGGCCCCCACUUAUGCAUUUGCCUGCUACGCCGAAUGCACAAGGCAGUUGGCUGGGGGUGAGAAUCAAGAGCGACGUGAAAGAGGGGGAGACUCUCUAUAUGGGCAAGGCAGAGAGGAGCGGACUGGUGGGUAGAUAUGGCUGGUGGCUUAUGCGCUCGAUGUUCAUGGGCUCGGAGCGCAAUGACCUCCUUGCCCCCGGAAUCACCUACCGACAACGGUUCGAGCGCUUGCUCUGGACGGCUUUCCAGGGGUUCUGCAUUUGCCUCGCCACCUGGUGGUGGUACUGGCCUAUCUCCAUCGCUAUCCUUGCGCCAAUCUACGCCGGUCGCAAUAUUGCUGGCGGUUUCAUUCCAGCCCUGAUCAAGCUGAUAUACGGGGCGGUGCUUUCCCUGCUUACCAACCCGAUCAUGGCCCUCCUCGCGAUGGGAGCCGAGUCCAGUGUCAGGAGAGGAUACCCUGAAUUGGAGAUCUGGCGCCCAUUCGGCGGGGAGGAGGACUACGACGCAUGGUUGGCGGAGCAAGGGCUCACGCCCGCGGACGUUGAGAUUGGUCCGGGUGGCAUCGCAAGAAGGGUCAAGGUUGGUGGCGAGGCCGGAGGAGCAUCGCAAACAGCUCAAUUUCAAGAAGUGGAGACUACGACGGCGCCUUCGCAAGCGCAAGCGGCGCCAGCCUUGGGCGUAUCCACCGCCUCCUCACGCACUCUAGCAGCCUCAGCAGCCCCGACGCCGGGCACCAAGACGAACGGCGCUGUCAGUCCAAAAACGAUAGAGGAGGGCCAAGGGGCCCAUGAUUGAGUAGAGUAGAUGGACCCGCAACGUCGAUUGUAGAUACCGUAUGACAUAGCUCGCAGUCGCUUCGCCGCUCGCUGUUUUGUUUAAUUCGAUACAUUUCUCCUCGCC